AUGCCGUUUAGUUCCGGAGAUCAAAACAGGUGUUUAACCAAGGCCCAUGGAGCCCAACCACCAGAACAAGAGCAGCUACUUUGUCCACGCUGUGACUCCACCAACACUAAGUUCUGUUACUACAACAACUAUAACUUUUCUCAACCUCGCUAUUUCUGUAAGUCCUGUCGCCGUUACUGGACUCAUGGUGGCACCCUGAGGGACAUCCCUGUUGGCGGUGGCACCAGGAAAAAUGCUAAGCGUUCACGCAGCAGCAGCAUCACAACUUUUUCCGCAUCCAAUGCCGCCGCCGCCGCCACUGGUCACAAUAGCUUCCCAUUACCUGCCAAGCCGGUUUUGUUGCCAUUCUCAGCCAAUCAGGGAAGUUCUGGCAUGGGUGGAGAGUCCAAAGGCAAUAUCUUUCGAAGUUUUACUUCAUUGUUGAAUACUCAGGGGCCUGGUUUUCUAGCUGUUGGAGGGUUUGGGCUUGGUAUUGCUCCAACUCUCGAUGAUGUUGGAUUCGGGUUUGGAAGAGGAGUGUGGUCUUUUCCAGGCGUAGGAGAUGGAGCUGUCGCUGCUUCUGCAGUCGGUGGGCGUGGCAAUGGUGGGGCCGCCACGGGAAUGGAAAAUAAAUGGCAGUUUGAAGGUGGAGAACCUGGAUUUGUUGGUGGGAAUUGCUUUUCUUAGCAUGAUCUUGCCAUUUCAACCCCUGGAAAUGGGGUCAAGUGAAUCUUCUCUUUAGGUUUCUUUGUCGUCUUCUUUUCUUAAUGUUUAUCGUACAAAGUGAAUUUAAUUA